CGGAAACGGAAGUGAGAGAAAUGGCAAGAAGAAGGGCCCGUUCGCAUGCGCAGUGCGUAGUGUCUUGUAGCGCCGGGCCUAGUCUGGUUUUGGGGAGAUGUUACACGUGGAGUGCUCUGUACGGAGCCGGCUGGCGGUGUGACGCGCUCCGGGGACGUUGGGACAGACCGUAGAGGCUGAAGAUGUCGGUCCCGGUGGCAGGGCUCCCCCGGCGGCUGGCGCUCUCAGCCUUGGCCGGUGCUGGUCGCUUUUGCGCGUUGGGGUCUGGAGCGACGAGGUGGAGGGGCGUCCCCGCGGGGCACCGCCGGGGCUUGGCUGACCUCCAGCCGAAGCCGGUGCCCGGUCAGGGCUUCAAAGACUCAAACUCGUGGUUGCCCAAGUACCGCUCAGAGCGCAAGAGUUACAUAACCAAUCCGAACCUGGCCACGACCUUGGUGCGGAUCCUGAAGGAAGAGGCGAAAAGCCCUGACCAGCUCUUCCUGGAGUGCAAUCCAGGUCCUGGAAUCCUGACUCAAGCAUUGCUUGAAAGCAAGGCCAAGGUGAUUGCCCUUGAAAGUAACAGAACUUUUCUUCCACAUUUGGAGUCCCUGCAGAAAGAGAUGAAUGGAAAACUAGAAGUGGUCUACUGUGACUUCUUUAAAAUGGACCCUAGAAAUUUUGGAAUAGUAAAACCUCCCAUUAUGAUUUCAGAAACGCUUUUUCGGCAUUUGGGAAUAGAAGCAGUUCCUUGGUCAAAAGAUACCCCAUUAAGAGUAGUUGGAAUCUUCCCAUCAAAAAAUGAGAAAAAGAUACUUUGGAAACUUUUAUAUGACCUGUAUUCUUCUACUUCUAUAUUUAGUUAUGGACGAGUAGAACUAAAUAUGUUUAUUACUGAAAAAGAAUAUGAGAAACUGGUGGCAAAUCCCCAAAAUCCACACUUGUAUCAAGCAUUAAGUGUGCUCUGGCAAGUAGCUUGUAAUAUUAAGCUUCUGCAUGUGGAGCCUUGGUCCUCGUUUGGCGUAUACCGCCACAGUGGGGGACAGAAAAAGGUGAAGAAUAAGAAUCCAUUAGCACAAACAAAUAAACAAGUAGAAGAAAACAUGUGUUUAAUUCAACUGACUCCUCUUGAGAAUUUAUUUACAGAAAAUUUAACAUCUGUUAACUAUGAUAUAUUUUUUCACAUGUUAAAGCAGUGUUUUAUGAAGCGCAAUUUCAGACUAAUGGACCAUUUACAGUUAUUGAGUCCAGUUAAUGCAACGGCUAUAUUGAAGGAAAUGGGGAAACAUGGAGACAUGAAAAUAACAGAUCUGUACCCUCAAGACUUUAAACAGCUUUUUGAAACUAUAGAGUAUUUCAGAGAAUCUUGUAGGUGGCUAUUCGAUGAUUGUAUGGAAGAAAUGAUCGUGUAGGGUACUUGACUGCCCACACAUUAGCUGGAGCCAUUGAUUUAUUUGGAAGUUACGGCACAGAUGGGAGAGAACUAAGUUUGAAAAGCUUCCAGUCUUUCAACAGAAGAUAACUAUUCUUGUUUUGCAGAUUGGGCAGGUAAUUUCUUUUGAAGGUGAUACUUUUAGCAAAUUAGAUAAAACCAUGGCUGCUAUUUCAUUCACAAAAAAUAAAAUGAAACUUCUUUUAAUUGUGGAUUUGAUUAGAUUGCAUUUGUUUUGUUUUAAAUUCCUAUCAACUGUGAACAUACUGCUAGUUGUAGAAUAUUGCCAGAUAAAACUUAGUUUUAAAAAAUCCCUUUGGCCAAGGGUGUUUGGCUGGCUCAGUCAGUAGUGUGACUUGAUCUCAGGGUUGUGAGUUUAAGCCCCACGUUGGGUGUAGAGCUUACUUUAAAAAAGAAAAUCCCUUUGUCCAAAUACCUUACAUUGAAUUAACUUAAAUAUUCCACUUUCACUGUUGAUUUUUGCUUCCUCCUGGAGGGCAAAAGAAUUUGUACAUUGUUAAGCUUAGAAAGUAAAUUAAAAUGGUUUUAAGCAGUUUGUUUAUUUUUCAGGUUGUUCAAUUAUAUUGUCAAAUACUGUACAAUAAAAUUAUUUCAAUUUUAA